AUGCAGUGGGUCAUUGACUUGGUGGGACCUAUGCCGACGGCACCUGCCAAUAAGGAGAUGAUGAUUGUUGCCACUGAUUACUUCACCAAAUGGAUUGAGGCCGAGGAUUUAUCUUCUAACAAGGAAGCCGAUGUUGAAUGGUUUAUCUGGAAGAACAUUAUUUGCAGAUUCGAUUGCUCGCAAGCGAUAGUCAUCGACAAGGUACAUAGUUCGUGGGCAGGCAGACCACCGUAUUCCUUGCGAAGUAUGACAUCAAACAACACCUGUCAACUCCCAGAUACCCGCAAGGCAAUGGCCAAGCAGAGGCAUCCAACAAGAUCGUGCUGGACUGUCUAA